AUGGCUUCAACAAGCAAGGGAAAACGGAGCAGAUGGGGACCCGAGACUACCGCAAUUGGGACCACCUCAACUAACUACCAUCCACCACAGGACUACAUCCGAGGCAGCUUCCGACGGAGACACCCCACAGAGAAGGUGUACAUACCCGUAAUGGAAUUCCCGGAAGUGAAUUUCAUCAGACAGCUCCUGGGGCCACACAGGCGUAAUCUUGCCGAGAUGAGCGCCAAAUCUCAUGCCUUUAUAGUCAUUCGCGGGAAAGGUUUCAUGAUAGAAGGCAAAGGCCGCGGCGGCCCUUGUGGGCCCGGACGAGUCGAUACCAAUGCUUAUGAGGAACCUCUACAUUGUUUUAUCACAGCGGAAACACAGGAACACGUCGAUACGGCAAAACAGCUUGUUCAAGCAGUCAUCAAGAAUGCCAUUGCUACACCGGAACACGAAAAUAACAGAAAACACCAGCAACUCCGAGAUCUCACUUUGGGGAACGGGACUUUUCGCGACGACGAAGGCACAGGGAAGGCCACUAACAUGACCCACAUCAUGCCGACAUCAGGUGUUGUGUGCCAUAAAUGCGGCAGACUCGGUCAUAUUACCCGCGAUUGCCACAAUACGAAGAAUAAAGCCUCCCAGAAGACACCGCCGAGGCGGAAGUCGAAUACUAAGUUGGAAGCAAAGGAUUCUCUAGAACUUACCGAGAUGGAACGCGACGCACGAGCCAAAUAG